AUGUUGUCAAUUAAAUCUUUAGCUACAGUCUUAUUUAUAACAGCAAUACUUUUUAAUAUCGUGAAUGGAGCUGACCCAAAUCGUAUGCUUCAACUAGUUAAUGCUGAACGUAAAAAAGCUGCUCAAAACCACGCUGAUUAUAUGGCAAAUGUUAAAAAGUUAACUCAUGAUGAACCAUCAGGAGAUCCUGGUGCUAGAAUGAAAGCCCAGGGUUAUAAUUGGUCUGCGUAUGGAGAAAAUAUUGCUCAAGGCCAAAAAAAUGAAGAAGAAGCUAUGAAAUC